GUCUAUCCCCACCACCAAGUGCAAACUAACAUCGAUAAACUGCUUAAUAUGUCUCGAGAUGGUCAAAAGUCUACUGCUUCAACUCCUCCUCCUACUAUAGACAUUGCUCCUGUAUCCAACUCAAACUCCAGACCUGGCCUUGGUCCAACAGUCCGAUCUCCUUCCAACCCUCACAUCGUACAAAAUGACCAAAAUGCACCCAGCUCUAUCUCCGAGAACAAUUUGAACAGGAGAGUUAAGGAUGGCAGUGCUCCACUGCCAUCUCUGCUUGGUAUCUCACAGGCUCAUCCUCAUACUCAGUAUUCAGGAGGAAGGUCUUUCAAUUAUGAAGAGAAAUAUGCACCUGAUCCUCUUGGUGAGGAGCUGAAUGAAAAUGCCCGGGUCUUCAAGGUUUAUCUGGAUGAGACAGAAAGCUUUGAUGAUGAUAUGCUGAGAGGCUUUAGAGAGACAAUUGAUUCAUUGCUGGUAUUUGCAGCACUUUUUUCUGCAGUGGUCACAUCCUUCAUCAUUGCAACCAUAGCUUCUCUUCAACCAGAUUAUUCACAAAUCUCUGCAGUUCUUCUGAUGGAGCAGGUUCAACUCCUUAGGGCUGCUGGAAAUUCUACUGCAAUCAAUGCUAUUCCCCAUUCUUCAAUUGAUCUGCAGAAUGCGUCAGUGGAUGCUAACACCCUUUGGGUUAAUGGUUUAUUCCUCACAAGCCUAUCACUGGCCCUGGUGACUGCACUUCUGUCAGUCCUUGUAAAACAAUGGCUCCAAGCCUACACCUCCAUAUUAGCAGGAAAUGCAAAACAAAGAGCAAUGAUCCGCCAAUUCAGAUAUCAUGGUCUAGUAAAAUGGAAAGUCCCAGAAAUCAUUGGAGUCCUUCCUAUUAUCCUACACAUGUCUCUUGCCCUAUUUCUAAUAGGCUUGACAUUGUACAUCUCAGUCCUCCACAGCUCACUUUGCUGGAUCUUGGUGACCAUCACAAGUCUUGCAUUCAUGUUUUACUUUGGGAGUAUCUUCAUUCCUCAAUUCAGGCUUGAGUGCCCAUAUAGGAUACCAUUGCUUUUUGCA